AUGGGCUGCCUGCAGAGCGUCGCGUGCAAGGCGCGCGUGCGGCGCGACAACAUCGUCCUGAGCGACGUGUCCGCCACCAUCGAGCCGGGCGCCACCGCCAUCGAGGAGAGCUCGCCCGUCGUGCUGCGCUACCGCACGCCCUACUUCCGCGCCGCCGCCCGGGGCACCAUGCCGCCCAUCCCGCGCCGCCACACCUGGGUGGUGGGCUGGGUGCAGGCCUGCAACCACAUGGAGUUCUACAACACCUACAGCGACCUGGGCAUGUCCAGCUGGGAACUUCCUGACUUGCGAGAAGGGAGAGUAAAAGCCAUCAGUGACUCUGAUGGUGUGAGCUACCCCUGGUACGGGAACACCACGGAAACGGUGACCUUGGUUGGGCCCACUAACAAGGUCUCCCGGUUCUCAGUCAGUAUGAAUGACAAUUUUUACCCCAGCGUGACGUGGGCUGUCCCUGUGAGUGACAGCAAUGUACCACUGCUGACCAGGAUUAAGAGGGAUCAAAGCUUUACCACGUGGCUAGUAGCCAUGAAUAUGACCACCAAGGAGAAGAUCAUCCUGCAGACUAUAAAGUGGAGGAUGCGCGUUGACAUUGAAGUGGAUCCUUUGCAGCUCCUGGGGCAGCGAGCACGACUAGUGGGAAGGACUCAUCAGGAGCAGCCCCGGAUUCUGAGCCGAAUGGAACCCAUCCCGCCAAACGCACUUGUGAAACCCAAUGCCAAUGAUGCCCAAGUCCUCAUGUGGAGACCCAAACGAGGCCAGCCUUUGAUAGUGAUACCUCCCAAGUAGAUGGUGUGUGGGCGUGCGUGCUUGAGGGCAUCAUUGCUGUUGGUAUGGUGCAAAUGAACUGGAUUUUUGAGCCAAAGCAGACCUCUGGUGAAUGGAAACAGAGUUCCUCCUUAUUCAGAAAGAAUAUGGUACCUGGUAGUGGCCAAUGCUAUGUCACAGAAGAGGAAUCACACAGCUGGUGGACUUGCGAUGACAUAUUUGGGGGAUUCUGUACUUCCAGGGUAUUUUGGCUGGAAGAGGCUUUCUUACCUGAAUAACUCAUAUUCCCUUGCCAUAACAUGCAAGGAAUGAGAAUAUGAUUAAACAGUGCCUGUGGCAAAUGCUGCUUCCCAACCAAUUAGAUGUAGAAAUGGAGACCAUGCACACCAGACGUUCAUGGUCUUCCAGUUUGAUCCUACUGUCUGACCAAUGGGGCGGGGUGUUACCACAUUUUUAUACCUAUGCAGUUUUGAUUGAUAAUCAAAUGAUCACCUUGCUCAUUGGAACUAAAAGAAUGUUUACAAAAGGGGGGAAAUAACAACCCAUGCCAUCUGUUCCACUUAGCUACAAAUAAGCUUUGAGUCCACAGGGAACUGUCCAAGGUGCUGAACUGAAGUACAAUGUGAACUACCUUCCUCUUCCCAAGAAUAAUUUCUUCAAAUGGAUUGAAUUAGGACAUUUUGCAUGCAUCUCAGUGUGUUUCGAGUAGUUGUGUAUGUUAGGAGCUGCCAUAGUUCUUUCCAUCCGUUGAGUGAAAUCCAAGGGAAAUCUAGAUGUAAUUUAGUUCUAAGAUGCACUAAUCUUUCCUAGCCCUCCAUUCCCCUCUCCCCCAAGCCCUUCUUUUAAAGAAGCAAAAAUAAUUCUCAGUAAAAUGACAAAUUAUGAGCAAUGUCUGUUCACCCAGCAAAGGGAGAACCAGGGAGAUGUUGACUGUGUUUGCAUGAUGUCCAAAAGGCUUGGAUGUACUCCAGGAUUCAAACACUUCCUUCAAAUAUGUACGUCCAUUGCAAGAAGCUGGGGUUCUUGCUCAUUUUCCGUAUGAAUAGCUGUUCAUUUGGAAAGCCACAUCCCUAACCGCCUGCAGAGCAGCGUAACUAAAGGUCUGCACACAGCGUGCUUCCAGGCCCCAGGGCCUGCCUUUGGAGCCAUGGCGCUAGGACAUGGGGACUGCCUGUGUGCCCAUUCGCUGGGCAAAGGGAAGCCUUUGCACCACCUUCAAGGGGAAGGGAUAGUUGUUCAUGAAAACUCCUCUGAGGUUUCACCUCCUGCAGCAACAAAACAGUAGCUUCUGAGAAGGAUGGUUAGACAUGCAUGUCUGUGAGUGAAAUGCUCCUCUAGCCAGGCACCAGUGCAUGGCUGAAUCCAUCUGGGGGAUGCGAGGGGCUGUUCUCUUUGGGAAUAAGCCUGAGUGUCACACUCUGAUGAGGACGUUUUUGGGGAGUAACAGGAUCUUUGCUUUUUAAGGGCCCUCACCACAGUUGGUUGCUGUGAAGGUGAUGGUGAUGUCAUGACCAGAGUGGGGAAAAAUGCUGUGGGUCAUAAACUCAUGGAAUUUUCUACUCGUUCUUCCCCUGGGGGUGUGAUGCGCUUCUCCUCUCCCUAUCUAUGUCCCCCAGCAGGUUCAUCGUGUUAGCUUGUCUUGGAGGAUAUGCAGAAGGAAAAGGAUUUCUGCUGGCCCCUGGACUGCAGUGCUGCCUCCAUGGAGGCUGCCCCAGGAGCCUUGUCAGGGAAGGGCCAUGGCUCAUGGUGCAAGAGAUUAUAGUCAUAAUUUGUCCUGUUUUCCCCCACUCACACUGACUGGCUCUUUCAUCUGGCCCCUCCAGUGUAGGGGAGCUGGUUGCCUGGUUGGUGGAGGUGUUCCAGCAAGGAACAGAAGUAGCAGUGCUACCACCUUCUGGGCACAGAUGCAGAGGGCAGGGAAGUCAGGUAGAGAAGAAGGUGUAAAGUCUUAAGAGCAAAGCUCCUGGUUUUCCCAUCUUAGUCACCAGGAAACAAACAAAAACAAAAAAAGAGAGAAAUGCAGAAAAUGUGUGGUUUAUAAACAGAAUGUGUGUUACCAUUUUAAGGCACUGCUAACUACUCAGCCCAAUGUGACCAAGAGAUGAUCUAUAGCAUGUUUACCCAGCUGCUAAUUUAAAGGAUAUCUCUGCGGGAUGUCCAGGGGCUCCCUUAGUAUUGACUCCAAUCCAGAGGAACUCUUAGCGAGUCCUAGAUAGCGUGAAAUGAUACUGAUUCAUUCUGCAUGGAAACUGCAGUUUCUGCCCUUCCGGCAUGAGCCCAGUGACUUCUUGAAACCUUGGAUUAUUGCUCUGAAAAGCAGUUAAUCUCUCAGUAAUAGAAAGAUAAAGUUUCUGUUGUUACGUGAAUUUAGGCUUCUGAACAAAGAAACCACUCAGCAUAAUUCCACGGUUCAAAGAUCUCCAUUAUGCCUGCCUUCAUUCAGAGAAUAUCCUACUGAGCACCAUUCAUGUGCUGUCUGUGUUAGUGUACAUUGGUGGUAGGUUCUCCUGACAGUUUUGCAGAAAACCCUUGUUAUAGUAUUAGCCCUGCUUUUCUGAGCUUGAUUUUUAAGCCGAUUUCAGUGGUGAUUUCACUGCUUUGAAAUCCAGGGCUCCGCUAUCCUUUUUACGGAGUUGAUGUUUUGCUGCAUUUUUCCAACUUUGCUUAUGAGCCUCAUGCUUUUUGCGUCACAGGGAUCAUACAGGACCUCCAUAGGUGCACUUGGGUGUCUGGUACGUUCAGGGCUUCUGUGGUCUCUGUGCAGGCUAAGCCCCCUUCGAGAUCACUGGGAACAGUACCUGCCCAAUGACGCCAGUGUCUUUUGAGCAAACCUCUCUGGAAUUUGAUUCUUAUGACCAGGGUACAGAGUAAGUACUGAGGACCCACAGAGGAGAUGAAGCGAAUGCGAGCUGAAAUCUGUUGGGGAGGUUUCUCCUUCACCCCAGGAAAGGUCUCUCUGUGCUAUGUCCCCCUGCCCUGGGCGCCUUGGCCUUCAGCAGAGCUGCUCUGGGUAGAAUCAGCAGAGAGAGCAUUGCAAUGUCAUGCAUCCGUUAAUGCCAUCCCAGUCAGCCUUAAUUCACACAGAGUCACCAGCUUGCCUCAGCUGCCCUGCACCCCUGUGGCUCUGGUGUACCUCCUACAGCCUAUCCCCAUUCCUGGCUGGUGCACCGGCAGCCUUUCUCUGCCAUCCCUUGGUAGCACCUGCAGAUGCACAGGACUGCUAGGCUUCCACAGGGUGAGUUUGAGAAUUCCAUGCUCUCACCAGUUCAUGGGCCCCCGGAGGCCAUGCCUGUGCCUGCCUGCUCAGGGCAGAUCUUUCAAAACUUCUGAGCAUGGAUGUGCUGAAUUUUCCCCAGACCUUCAGCCCUCUGAUGCGGCUUUCAGGCAGCUGGGGUGCAUGACACUAUGCCCUUAAAACUGGCAUGGAGAAGUAGGUUGUUUUCCAAGCUCUACCCCACACCUAUUAAAUGCCGCUAGUAGACUCUGGUCUUACCCCUCACACCACUCUAGACCAAAAAUCCCAUCUUCUUGUCUCUCUAUUAUUCUCAGUAGUAUUUGUUAUUAAUUUCUUAUCCUUUUGGACACCAGGAAUGUUGAAUUUCAAAACUUAGACCCAACAUUUUCAGCUGUUUACAGCAUUUGUUUACAGCAUCUGGCCUAGUUUACAGCAUCUGAAAUCAGCCUACUUGUCUAAGAGCUUGCUGAAAUUUUUCAUACAAAAGUUUUUCAGGGAAAAUUUGCCUUUUUUUUUAUGAUGAAACUUUACAUGGAAAAAUUGUUGUCAUGAUCAGAAUUUUCCAUUUUUUGACAUUUUUUGUGUCUUAUUUUCGUGUUAAUUGGAAAGGUUAUCAAAAUAUUUUUUUAAAUCAUUGUUGACAUUUAAAAUGUAGUUUUUGGAACAUGGAAAAUUUUCAAACCAAUUUUGGUUAAAAACAAAAAAACCCCAAAACUCAAAUAUUGAGAAAAAUGGAAAUAGGAUGUGUUUCUAACUCUGAAGUGGAAACAACGUCCGCAUUUUUCACAAAAUAAAUUUCCUAUUUCUCAGUCAGUUCUAGUGUCCAAGUUUGGAAAACUUUGGCCUGAGGUUAUAAAGUUUGGGGCCAGAGUCUCAGCUGUUCUAAAGGUGUUUGUCAUUGGAGCUACAUCUGUUUGGUGCUGGAUCCCGUCCCUGAAUUUUGCUCUGUCCCUCAUUUUGGACUUCCUGCCCAAUCAUUUUAAAUUUCACGUCCUGCAUUUUGGUCUGGAAGAUUGAGACUGGAACCACAAUUUGGGCAACCAGUGCUCUCCAUCUUAAGGAGAAACCCGCAAUACCACCCAGCUUCUCAGAAUUGCUAAAAGGCCUGAGGAAUGCAAUCACUAAUGAAAUCAGUGUUGUGGGCGUGGAUUUAAAAUGCAAACCUUCAGAGGAAUUCUGGGAGAGCAGUAGUUGCACAGCUGGAAUCUGACAGCUGUGAGAUUUAGAAUCUGUUGUUCUCCAGCUAAUACCCCUAACACAAAAGCUGUGAGGUGAAGCUGGUUAAAACCGUCACUUGUGGGAAUGACUUUGCCAAGUAUAUAUGAGAGCAGAAAUAGUGUCAGAGGCAGAGGGGCCAGUGAGGCAUUUUGAUCUUGCUGGGGCUGCAUGGGCUUAUUGAAAUGAGAAAAAAACCAAUGUCAGACUCUAUGCUCAGUGCACAAAGAUGUGAAUGCACCUGCACCUCUGAGCGAAAAAGGUGGUUAAUCAAAGCCAUGGGAGCAGCUGAAAUACCACAUUUGUCAGGAGCUUUUUUGGAUAGGAAAGAAAAAAAAUUAGUUAGCUCAGAGAGAUGCUGUUAAUUUCACUGCAGGGGCAUUAGUGCCCACAGGUUCUUCAGGGUCUGUAGGCCCCACUGAGCCUGUGCCCUCUGUGGAAAAUCCCCUGUUAAAAGGCAGGUUUUCACAAGAGCUGAGUACCCUCGCAGCUCCUGUAGUGCUCAGUUUGUGUUUUCAUGUGGGGGACUUUCCACUGUUCCUAACAGGAGCUGCUGGAUGAUCUAAGUAUAGUGGCUCCCUGACAGAUAUGUUAAGGCUUGGUGGCACCCCACAAGCAAAGACCGUUGCUUUUCCCAACUCAGGACACUAGAUGCAAAGGGGACCUCAGAGUUAGGAUGGUUUUGUGACUUUAUUCAGUUUUAUACAAAUUGUUAAUGAUAUAAUCAGAUUUAAUCUGGGGGUUUAAAACUAUAACUGGAAAAUACAGCUUUUGGGGUGUGUUGGGACACAGUCUGAGCUUGUUGUGAGAUGAGCAGGCCUGUUUCGAAUGGCAGAGCUGCGCACUGUUUGGUUGAAUCUCUGAUAGCACCAGACGUAAGUUGUUUUUGAAGUUUAAAUGAUUUCUGUUUGGGUUUCACAGGAGCCAUUGCUGACAGCCCUGGCUCUGAGAUCCCUGGAAGUGAGUGGAAGUAGCACUUUUAGAGCUUCAGCACUGAGUUCUUCGUACUCUCCUUUAACCAAAAUUCAGGAUUCCUGGCUUGUUAGAUUUGAAAACUUGUUCUUCAGUGCGUGAUCACUUGACAGUUUUAAGAUGCACCUGUCUCUCUAUCAACCCCUUUCCCCUCUGCUGCUACCAGCACUGGAGGCCUCUCUCUGUCCUCUGCACCAGCAGGGCCUCUCAGCUGAGAGGCUUCCAGCUGCCUGCUUCCCCAGCAAGGAGUCUCUCAGCUGAAGGCCCCCUGCCGGAGUGGAGGGCACAGAGAGAGGCCACCAGCAGCAGCAUGAGACAUAGACCCAUAAAUAAAACUGGUGAUUUUUAAGCCUAGCUUAAUGGUCUUUUAAUUAUAAAAACAAAAAUUGGCUUAGCAAUUACAUUUUCCCCCAGACAUUCAUGGCUCUAUCAUGAACCCCAAAGGGUUGGGAAGCACUGGUCUGGAAAACUUGGGCCCAGUUGUGCACUUGUGGUCGAAUGGCUAAGUUUGAGGUUGGCAUCUGGUUUACAUUGCCCAGCCCUAGUGCUUCAUUUACUCUGCUCCUGCCAGUCCCUGGGCUUGUUUAGGGUUGCCUGGUGGAGCAGAUCUGGGUGCUAUCAGAUAGCUUAGGAAAAGCCCUGUGGGGAAUAUGGCUAGUGAUUGGUGCUUGGUUCUUAGCUCAUUUUAGGAAGGGGCCUUGUGAAGAGAGAGGUUCCUGCGCAUUCUCUGUUUGGGAGAGGCAGCCUCUUGUAGCUGGGCUCCCCAUUGGCUCGAUGGCUAUGCCCUCCGCUCCUCUUCUGAGUCAGCUGCUAUUGUUUAGCGUGUAGCUGCAGAGAACGAUCAUGGCCAGAUACAGUCUACAGCUGUGAUCUCUGCUGCUCCUAGGGUUUGAAGACACUUUAGCACUUGCCACACUGAAAACAUAGAGGGAUAAACCCUGGCCCCAUUGAACUCCAUGAGAGUUUUGGCAGUUGACUUUAAUGGAACCAGGAUUUCACUGUAAAACUUUAAUGAUCACAGGUCCCCCGCUAAGCCUAGUCCCACAAGAAUGGUGUAAGGGAGCAGAAAUCUUGCCCUGGAUGGGGAAGGGAAUGCUGAUCAAUUCUAUUAACUUAUUUAUUCAGCUACUUUUUUUUUUAGAGUGGGUUUUCCCUGAGCUUCUAGUAUACAUGUACAUUAAGGACAGCAUGCUCCAGUUGGAAUGGGCACAAUUGCACAGGGUCUUGACUGUAGAACCUAGGAGAGAGACUGAGGCCAGGUCUACACUGCAGAGUUCGGUUGAGGUGAGGCAGCUUAUGUCAAUCUAAUUAUGUGAGUGUUGACACUACAGCCUUGCUCCCGACGAUGUAAGUGCCCUACUACACUGACAUAGUAACUCCACCUCUACGAGAGGCACAGGACAUUUGGUGUAGUUAGGGUGACACAAUGUCCAUGUGGACACUGCGUUACUUACAUCGACUGUUGGCUGUCAUUCUUGUCAAUGUCACAGCUCCUGGGCUCACAGGUGGAGCGCCUGCCCUGCACUCUGGGCACUCUGGUUGAGAGCCCCAGCUGUGGGCCCCUUGCAGGACUCAAUUUCACAGCUUGGCCCCUACCAGCCUAUCUUGUCAAUUUCACAGCUUCAGCUGUGAUCCCUGCUGCUUCUCUGAGCCUGAGGCAGCCAUGAAAUUGACAAGAAAGGCAGUUAGGCUCCCUGCUGUGAACCCGGUGCCAGGCUCACAGCACAGGCUGUCACCUCAGGGUGGGUGGAGGGCUCCAGCUGUGAGCCCAGCUGCUGCCUGGGCUCUCCGCUCCCUAUUCCCCAGCUGGGCUCCCAGAUCCCCAGUGUGGAGCUCCAGGCGGAGCUGAGAGCCUGGGCUCUCAGUCCGCCACACUGUCCCUCUGAAGUAGGUGCAUGCACUCCUGGUGAGAGUGCUCACCACCGACAGGGUAGCGUGGACAUGAAAAACCACAGUAAUUACCAUUGUGUCUGGAAGUUGACCUAAGAUAGGUUUAGUUUAUGGUGUAGUGUAGACAAGCCCUGAUUCCCAGUAUUGUGUGUCUAGCUUUAAAGUCCCACGAGACAUAACCCCAUACAGUAGGAAAAGUAUCAGUACUUUGAGCAGGGCAAAAAGCCACCUUUGCAAUUUCCUUCUCUGCAAGCAAGGGAGGAAUCUGGAGGACUUUGCACUCUCAUUGUAGCACAUUGGGGGAAUUGGAAACAGACGUUGCUGUUCAUAGGCCUGCGUGAAUGCUGCAGUGUCCACUCUGCAAGGAGUUACAGCUGCAAACUGUGGUGCUUACUUUGCCACUUUAUGUAUAGUUCCCUUCCCCUCCUAAAGACCUGCUGCUUUCCCAUUUUUGAUUAAUGGAUUUUAUUAUUUUAUUAGGUUUGAUUUAUAGAUGACCCCAUCAGACAUUCUCAGGGUGUAUUUACAUAGUGAAGCAUAACUACUUAACCUCUGAUUUGCUGGGUUGUUGGGAUCCGUGUAGGUCCAUUGACAUCAGUGGCAUUGACUAACUUAUACCAACUGGGGAUCUGCGCCGUGGUGAUUCUCAUUCCCCAGGCUUCCCCCUCCCACCCCCGAGUCAUUUUGCUCUGCUUUCCCAAAAUGUAAAGGGCAGCGAGUCAAUAAAUGGCUGGGUUUUUUUGGUUAA